CUGAAGCUCUCAGAGAUGUGACAUGGAUUAACAGAUUAAGACUGCAUGAAUAUCUGUAAGAUUUCUGCAAUAAAGAUCAUCUGAGAGAGUACGUGACAGACAAGUAGUGGAAGGUGCGAGUCCAGGAGUGGCCUCUUCUGUCCUCCCUGCUCUGUGGGCUGCUGUGGUUAAGUACAGGACAUCCAUGGGAGAGAAUGGCUCACAGGGGGGCUCCUGGUUGGUCCCCUCAUCCAUCCAUCCACAGUUUCUCUCCCAGCUUUCCCCCUCUGCAGACCUGGCUAUUGCAGCCUUUCUCACCUUUACAGGUUUGACAUCAGUGCUGGGAAAUGGCACCGUGUUGUUGGUCUUUGGUAAGAAACGGAAGAAGCUCAGACCUCCAGAACUCCUCACCAUAAACCUGGCUCUCUGCGAUUUUGGCUUCAGCCUCUUUGGAGCACCAGUCUUCAUCAUUUCAAGCCUGUGUCAUGCCUGGGUGUUUGGGGAGAUGGGGUGUUUGUGGUACGGCAUUCAAGGCUUUGUGUUUGGCAUUGGCUCUCUGCUCACCACCUGUCUCAUCUCUGUGGAACGCUGCCUGAAAAUCUGCUGCAUACGAUAUGGUCAGUGGGUUGAGAGGCGCCAUGUUUCUCUGUCAAUAGCAGUGGUGUGGCUUUACACACUGUUCUGGGCCUUACUGCCUGCUUUUGGCUUUGGAAGCUAUGGAGCAGAACCUUAUGGGACCAGCUGCACCAUCAACUGGUGGAGAAUGAGGUCGUCUCUAAAUGACAGAGUUUAUAUUUUCCUCAUCCUGACAUUGUGUUUCGGACUACCAACGCUGGCUAUUGUUACUUCAUAUUUGGCCAUCCUGCUGACGGUCAACAGAUCUAAUCGCACCCUGGCAUCCAUACGGUCCUCAUCUGUUAGUCACACCAGCAAAGAUGUGAAACUUGCAAAGAUGGCGGCGGUGGUGUGCAGUACCUUCCUCCUGGCCUGGACCCCCUACGCCGUUGUGUCUCUGAUCUCUGCCCUCCUUCCCAGAGACCAAGAGGCAGGAGGCACUUUACACACUGGUAUGGAGGACAUAGCUGGUCCGAAUGCUCCUCAGAUCCUGGAUGUCCCCUCAUUCCUUAACUGGACAACAGAAGAAUAUUACACCAAAUUCCACUACAAUGCUGAGGGUGAAAGGAGUGAAGUAAACAGUACAAGUUCUGUCUCUAUCAUUGGCCUGAGUGAAAAAGAAGCUGAGCCCAUGACCAGGAGUCCCCAGCCUGACUCUUCUCUGUCACCUGUUGUCACCUUGAUCCCUGCUAUGUUUGCCAAAUCCCACUGCAUGAUCAACCCUUUAAUCUACCAGAUUAUGAACAAGGAGUUCAGGGAUAAUGUCUACAUGAUGGUGUUUGGCAAAGAGAUAACACAGAGGAGGUACAUGCAGGGGAGGAAUGAAAGCUUAUGUGAAAGGAGCUUCAGCAUCUCCUACCACCAAAGUUGGAGGAGGAAAGGGAGCAUUUCCCCGCUGGAAGACAUGAACAACAGAAAUGUGAAGAAACACGGGAUUCCAGGGAGCAGAAUUGGAGGAAGAUCAGACUCUUUGGCAGAUAAUAUCUCCAGCGAGGCUGAUGAUUUGGACUUUGCCUCCUCGAACAAUGAAGAAAACAUGGAGAAAAAUUAAAUCAAAAGUAGAUAGAGGACAUCAAGUACUCUCACUGUCAGAUUGAUUGAUACUCAAUAUAUUAUUGUCAAAAAUACUGGCUUUGAAUCUCACUGGUUUUAGUUCAGU